AGUCCGGGUCUUGGCGGGCCCCCUCCUCCCUCCCGCUCCCCGCGCUCUCGCCUUUUAAUCAUGCCCCUCUGUCUGUGUGUGAGUGCAGGCAGGCUGACAAUGAUUUCCUCAGUGAUUACGUACAGAGCGAGUCCCUGCGGGUUAGGGGCCCCCUCUGGAGCCAUCCUGAUGGCUUUGGGGGCCUUGCUUCCAUUUUCCAUUAUUAUGUGGACUACCGGAGCGACAGCGCAGUCCAAGACCUUGCAGGAUGUCUCGCCGCAAGCAAGCGAAACCGAGAUCCCUCAAAGACCCCAACUGUAAACUUGAAGACAAGACUGAAGAUGGAGAGGCACUAGAUUGUAAGAAGAGGCCGGAAGACGGGGAGGAGUUGGAAGACGAAGCUGUGCACAGCUGCGACAGCUGCCUCCAGGUGUUUGAAUCGCUGAGCGAUAUCACAGAACACAAGAUUAAUCAAUGUCAACUGACAGAUGGAGUGGAUGUUGAAGAUGAUCCAACUUGCUCUUGGCCAGCUUCCUCACCUUCUAGCAAGGAUCAGACUUCCCCUAGCCAUGGAGAAGGUUGCGAUUUUGGAGAGGAAGAAGGUGGUCCUGGGCUUCCGUACCCAUGUCAAUUCUGUGACAAGUCGUUUAGCCGCCUCAGCUACCUAAAGCACCAUGAGCAGAGUCACAGCGACAAACUGCCUUUCAAAUGCACCUACUGCAGUAGGCUGUUCAAACACAAGCGCAGCCGAGAUCGCCAUAUAAAACUCCACACCGGGGACAAGAAGUACCACUGCAGUGAAUGUGAUGCUGCGUUUUCCAGAAGUGAUCACUUGAAGAUCCACUUAAAGACUCACACGUCCAACAAGCCAUAUAAAUGUGCCAUUUGUCGCCGUGGGUUCCUGUCCUCUAGUUCCUUACACGGACACAUGCAGGUUCACGAGAGGAAUAAGGACGGCUCCCAGUCCGGUUCCAGGAUGGAGGACUGGAAGAUGAAGGACACUCAGAAGUGCAGUCAGUGUGAGGAAGGCUUUGACUUCCCAGAAGACCUCCAAAAACACAUUGCAGAGUGCCACCCCGAAUGCUCCCCAAACGAGGACCGAGCGGCCCUCCAGUGUGUCUACUGCCACGAGCUCUUUGUAGAGGAAACCUCCCUCAUGAACCACAUGGAGCAGGUGCACGGCGGGGAGAAGAAGAACUCAUGCAGCAUUUGUUCUGAGAGUUUCCACACAGUUGAGGAACUGUACAGCCACAUGGACAGUCACCAGCAACCCGAGUCGUGCAAUCACAGCAACAGCCCUUCCCUGGUCACGGUGGGCUACACUUCCGUGUCCAGCACGACUCCAGAUUCCAACCUCUCAGUGGACAGCUCAACCAUGGUGGAAGCUGCCCCGCCCAUCCCAAAGAGUCGAGGGAGGAAGAGGGCCGCUCAACAAACCCCUGACUUGACUGGUCCCUCGAGUAAACAAGCAAAAGUGACCUACAGCUGUAUUUACUGCAACAAGCAGUUAUUUUCAAGUCUUGCAGUUCUGCAGAUUCACCUGAAAACUAUGCACUUAGAUAAGCCAGAACAGGCCCAUAUUUGUCAGUAUUGCUUGGAGGUCCUGCCAUCACUCUAUAACCUAAAUGAACAUCUUAAGCAAGUGCAUGAAGCUCAGGACCCAGGACUGAUUGUUUCUGCCAUGCCUGCCAUUGUCUACCAGUGUAACUUCUGUUCUGAAGUUGUCAAUGACCUCAACACUCUUCAGGAACACAUCCGAUGUUCUCAUGGAUUUGCAAACCCUGCAGCUAAAGAUAGUAAUGCAUUCUUUUGUCCCCAUUGCUAUAUGGGGUUUCUCACUGACUCUUCCCUUGAAGAGCAUAUAAGACAGGUCCAUUGUGAUCUCAGUGGCUCCCGAUUUGGGUCUCCAGUGCUUGGGACUCCCAAGGAACCAGUAGUAGAAGUCUAUUCUUGUUCCUAUUGUACAAAUUCGCCAAUAUUCAACAGUGUUCUUAAACUGAACAAGCAUAUCAAAGAGAAUCAUAAAAACAUUCCCUUGGCCCUGAAUUAUAUCCACAAUGGGAAGAAAUCCAGGGCCUUAAGCCCCCUAUCUCCUGUGGCCAUAGAGCAGACAUCUCUUAAGAUGAUGCAGGGAGUAGGAGGUGCACCUGCGCGUCCAGCUGGAGAAUAUAUCUGUAAUCAAUGUGGUGCUAAGUACACAUCCCUAGGCAGCUUUCAGACUCACCUAAAAACUCAUCUCGACACUGUGCUUCCAAAAUUGACCUGUCCUCAGUGCAACAAGGAAUUCCCCAACCAAGAAUCCUUGCUGAAGCAUGUUACGAUUCACUUUAUGAUCACCUCAACAUAUUACAUCUGUGAGAGUUGUGACAAGCAAUUCACAUCGGUGGAUGACCUUCAGAAACACCUGCUGGACAUGCACACCUUCGUGUUCUUUCGCUGCACCCUCUGCCAGGAAGUUUUUGACUCCAAAGUGUCCAUUCAGCUCCACUUGGCUGUGAAGCACAGUAACGAAAAGAAAGUCUAUAGGUGCACAUCUUGCAACUGGGACUUCCGCAAUGAGACUGACUUGCAGCUCCAUGUGAAACACAACCACCUGGAAAACCAAGGGAAAGUGCAUAAGUGCAUUUUCUGUGGCGAGUCCUUUGGCACCGAGGUGGAGCUGCAGUGCCACAUCACCACUCACAGUAAGAAGUACAACUGCAAAUUCUGUAGCAAAGCCUUCCAUGCAAUCAUUUUGCUAGAAAAACACUUGCGAGAAAAACAUUGUGUAUUCGAAACCAAGACACCCAACUGUGGAACAAAUGGAGCUUCCGAGCAAGUGCAGAAAGAGGAAGUGGAGCUGCAGACUCUGCUGACCAACAGCCAGGAGUCCCACAACAGUCACGAUGGGAGCGAAGAAGAUGUUGACACCUCUGAGCCUAUGUACGGCUGUGACAUUUGCGGGGCAGCCUACACUAUGGAAACUUUGCUGCAGAAUCACCAGCUGCGAGACCACAACAUCAGACCUGGAGAAAGUGCCAUCGUGAAAAAGAAAGCUGAGCUCAUUAAAGGGAAUUACAAGUGCAACGUGUGCUCUCGAACCUUCUUCUCCGAAAAUGGCCUCCGUGAACAUAUGCAGACCCACCUAGGCCCUGUCAAACACUACAUGUGCCCUAUUUGCGGGGAGCGGUUUCCCUCCCUUUUAACUCUUACUGAACACAAAGUCACACAUAGUAAGAGUCUUGAUACUGGAAACUGCCGGAUUUGCAAGAUGCCUCUCCAGAGCGAAGAGGAGUUUUUAGAGCAUUGCCAAAUGCACCCUGACUUGAGGAAUUCCCUGACGGGCUUUCGCUGCGUGGUGUGCAUGCAGACAGUGACCUCCACCUUGGAACUCAAAAUCCAUGGGACAUUCCACAUGCAAAAGACAGGGAAUGGGUCUGCAGUUCAGACCACAGGGCGUGGCCAGCACGUCCAAAAACUGUACAAGUGCGCAUCUUGCCUCAAAGAAUUCCGUUCCAAGCAAGAUCUGGUGAAACUUGACAUCAAUGGCCUGCCAUAUGGUCUGUGUGCUGGCUGCGUGAAUCUCAGUAAAAGCGCCAGCCCAGGCAUCAAUGUCCCUCCCGGCACGAAUAGACCAGGCUUGGGCCAGAAUGAGAAUCUGAGUGCCAUCGAGGGGAAAGGCAAGGUGGGGGGACUGAAGACGCGUUGCUCUAGCUGCAACGUUAAGUUUGAGUCUGAAAAUGAACUCCAGAACCACAUCCAAACCGUCCACCGAGAGCUUGUGCCAGACAGCAACAGCACACAGUUGAAAACGCCCCAAGUAUCACCAAUGCCCAGAAUCAGUCCCUCCCAGUCAGAUGAGAAGAAGACCUAUCAAUGCAUCAAGUGUCAGAUGGUUUUCUACAAUGAAUGGGAUAUUCAGGUUCAUGUUGCAAAUCACAUGAUUGAUGAAGGACUGAACCAUGAAUGCAAACUCUGCAGCCAGACCUUUGACUCUCCUGCCAAACUUCAGUGCCACCUGAUAGAGCACAGCUUCGAAGGGAUGGGAGGAACCUUUAAGUGUCCAGUCUGCUUUACAGUAUUUGUUCAAGCAAACAAGUUGCAGCAGCAUAUUUUCUCUGCCCAUGGACAAGAAGACAAGAUCUAUGACUGUACACAAUGUCCACAGAAGUUUUUCUUCCAAACAGAGCUGCAGAAUCAUACAAUGACCCAACACAGCAGUUAGUGCAAGUACAGUCUCUCAAGGAGAACUGCUUUUGUGGCACAAAAAGGGAACAUGUUUUACUCUUUGCACGAAACUUUCAUUGUUAAUGUAUAUUAUUCAGAAACAUUGUAUUGUACCAUAAAACUUGUAUUAUCAAAACUGUUGGAUGUUCAUGUGUUUGAACUUUUGCGCACCGGAUAGACCCCUUGUAUAUAACGUGUUGCACAUGUAUUAUGUCGUCUGAUACUAAAAUGGUCUUAUAAAGACAAGUGGACUUGGGCCCUAUUCAGGCAAGAUUAGAAAAAAAAAGUAAUAGCAAAAUGGCUUAAGAUAAAGUAUUUUUAAGGAAGAAAGAUUAAAAACAACUGUUAUACAUGAGACUAUGGUUGGACUUCCUUUUCUUUACACUUAAGCCUAGAAUUUCUCUUUUGGUAUAUCAGCGGUUAAAUCCAAGACUAUUUUUUAUUGCUGAAGAUUCUUGCAAACCACAAAGAGAUGUUCUCACAGAACAGAACCCCACAGCUGGAUAAGGCCCGUAUAUAUAUAUUUGUAAGCCUUGCAAUGUGACAGGUAGCAUCACUAUAUAUGCAAUAGUUGUUAUGUAGACUGUCAAAAGAAUUUUUUUUCCUGGAUACAUUUGAAGCUUUGAGUGUUCAAGGUUUUCCUUAAUGAUUUCACGCAGCCAAAUUCUUGAAUCAGUUGAACUAACCUGUAUGUUACUGUUAUUAAUGUUUACUCUGCGGUCUGAACCUGGAGAUUACUGGAAUUGUUUUCCAAGAGGAAAUAAAUUCAGUUUACCAUUAGG